GAGCUGGCCAAGCUCCCCAAGCACAUGCAGCCGGUGGACAUGAACAAGGAGUAUCCUGCCUACGUGAAGGGAAAGAACGAGAACAGCAUGAUGCCUCAGCUGGUCGGAGACUGGGGCACCCCGGUUCCUGGCAGCUACAAGGCAGCCGCCGCCCUGAUCGGCCCGGACGUCGAGGUCGGCCUUUCCAUGGGAGAGCCUUGGGAUCCUCUGGGCUUCAGCAAGCUCUACGACCGGAACUUUGAGUUCAACGGCAACAUGACCUUCCCGCAUGUGCAGUGGCUCCGUGAGGCCGAGUUGAAGCAUGGCCGCUGCGCGAUGCUGGCAAUUGUCGGCAUCUUCGCGCAGGGUGCCUUUCACAUCGACGGCUACCCCGAGGCGCCUUGGUACGAGGCCCUGAAGGCGUGCUACGACAAGCCGGCGGGCAUCGUGGGGCUGGGCAUUGCUCAGAUCUCGGCCUUUGCCAUGAUCAUCGAAGGCAAGUUCUUCCCCAAGGACUCCUGGAUCGGCCAGAUGGACCGUGAGCCCGGUGACCUGGGAUUCGAUCCCCUGAAGCUUUCCAAGGAUGCCGAGAGCAUGAAGUCCAUGCAGCUCAAGGAGCUCAAGAACGGACGCCUGGCCAUGAUGGCUUUCAUGUCCCACGUGGUCGGCCACUACUUGCCGGGCAGCGUUCCAGGGGUGUCUGCCUUGCCCCGUGAGGCAGCACAGGUUCAGUCCCCCGCUUUCUGCGGCACCACCUCCAGCCGUGAGCAGAGCUCCUCCAAGACGGCAGCUCGAUACACCACGCAGACUAUCCUCCCUUCUCUUGCCUGGAUCAAAUCGGGCGUGAAGGCUUCCGAGCUGCAGCCCAAGCAGCUGAAAGCCCUGACGCUGGCUGGCAACGAUGUGCUCAUCGGCAAGACAGAGGCUGGUGCCCUUUUCUGCGUCGGAAACCUCUGCCCUCACAUCGGCACUCCCAUGAGCGAGGGCGCGGAUGUGAUCGGCGAUGUCAUCGUCUGCCCUCUGCACGGCUCCUCCUUCAAGGUGACCACCGGCGAGCUGCUCGACUGGUGCGUCUCCCCUCCCAUCAUCGGCCCCCUCACUGGCUUGAUCGUGGAGAAGAAGAACCUCCUGGUCUUCGAGGUGCGCCAGGGCGGCUUGCUGGGAACCGGUGAUGUCGAGGUGCUGGUGGACACCAAUGCCAAGAAG